ACGCCGCACGCCAGUGGGUGGGGCCAGCGCGGCGGUUUGAGCCGUGGCGGGAAGCGCCCCCGGAUCAGGACGCUGCGCCGCGCGUGAGAAGGCCUCAAGGAAAAAAAUGGAAAGAAAUCGUUUAAGAAGUAAACAGGAUGAGCACAAAUCCAAAAAGCGCCCAUGCAAAAAAUUACUUCCACCUGAUGAACUUGAUGUCUCCAGGAUAUUAAAGGUACCUGAGACCAGACAACUUGAAGAAUCUGAUGAUUCAUUUGAUCAUCCUUUACAUAGUACUGCUGUAGAUGCUGAUGGAGAUGUGGAACUGUUGGAAGAAGAAAAUUUGGAACAUGAUGCAUCAUCUAUUCAUUCACCUGAUUCAGCUCCAGAGAGAAAAAACACAAGAGGAAGUAAAAAGCAGGGUUGCUUGAAAAUACCUGAAGAUGGUGCAGGCAAAUUGGAGGCAGAGAGUUCUGAAGACGAAUUCUCAAAGGAGAAUACGAUACAGAAAAAGAUAGCACAAAAAACCAGAACCAACAUGGAAGAAUCUAAAUUACCAUCUGAAGAAGCACCGAAGGACAGCUCUUCAGAAAGCAACUUAUCAGAUCAAAUUACAGAUUUGGUUAAGAAACUAAACGCACACAAGAAGUCUGAGAAGAGUACCAAAUCCCAUGAGAAACCAAAGAAAAAGCUUUCACAAAAAACAGCAUUAGAUCCUUCUGAUAAAGUUGAUAGUCUACAUUCUGUACAGGUCUGGUGCCCAAAGGGAAUAAAAAGAUUUUCCAGAGAUAUUACAGAGCUGGAUGUUGUUCUGGCUAAGUUUGAGGACAUAACAGCAGACUACAAAGAAAGAGUGGAGUCUACGAUUUGCAGCAGAGCAAUUGAUGGAUUCCUUUCUGGUUUCAAAGACCAACUUACUAAUACUAUAACAGAAGUCCAGGAACUGAAAGAUUUGAAAAGAAAAAAUGCGAAGGUGUUAGCAGAAAUUAAUAAGAAAAGGCGGCGUUUGAUGGAAAUUAGGGAAGAACUAAUUGGGACUGAACCAAAGCUGAAGCAGUUACAAAAGGAAUAUGCUGAGCUACAAGAGAGGAAAUCAUCCUUUAGGAUUACCACCCAAUUUAUAACUGACUUAAAAGAAUUGCGAAAAGAGUAUUCCGAUAACAGAGAAAAACACCCACUGGAAAAAGUAACUUAUGGUGUUUCCAGCCUACCUGCUCUUCUGAUCGAAUCACGAAGAAUCUUAAGAGCUGAGAAGCACUUUCAAAAAAUCAAUAAAAGUUUACAACAGGCUUUGGAUUUACAAAGACAGAAGCCACCAGAAAAACUUUAAAAUACUUUAUACAAUACUCUUUUAAAGAUGUUUUUUCAACUAAGCACUAUUUUAAUUUUGUUUUCUAUUUAAUUUAAGACUAUUGACUGCUUUAAGAUAAGGUCACAUUUAACUAUCAUUGAUGUAGCUUUGGUUUGCACUUAAUUUUAGAUAGGAAAGAAGCAACAAUUAAAACUACACAUAAGCAUUAGUAAAAUAAACUUGUGUUUUUAGUUUA